AGAGUAGAGGCCACGCCGGACAUGAUGGAGGACCAGGACGAGAAGAAUCGAAGAUCACGGAGUCAGAAUCCUAAAGUUUCCUCAAAGUUUUCAGAGUCAGACCUCCGCCCCGAGUCGGAGGAGGAACCGAUGCUGGGACCCGCCCCCCUGUGCUCUUUUCUCUCGGACCAUACGAUGGCAAGCACAGCGGCGGAGCUGGCGAGGAGGAAGGCCCGGGAGGAGGAGGGGGCGGGCAGCAGGGCCAACACCAUCCCCUUCAACCAGCAGGACUUUGAGCUUCUGCAGCGCGAAUGUCUGAGGUCGGGGACACUGUUCUGUGACCCCACCUUCCCUGCAAGCUGGGACUCUCUGGGAUACAACCAGCUGGGACGAUACUCACCUAAAACCAGUGGCGUGGAGUGGAAACGGCCUACGGAGCUGUGUUCAGACCCUCAGUUCAUUGUCGAUGGAGCAAAGCGAACAGACAUCUGUCAGGGAGCACUGGGUGACUGUUGGCUGCUCGCCGCCAUUGCCUCACUGACCCUUGACCCCCAGAUCCUGGUCAGAGUGGUUCCUCCAGGACAGAGUUUUAAAGAUGGAGAGUAUGCUGGGAUAUUCCACUUCCAGCUGUGGCAGUACGGUGAGUGGGUGGAUGUGGUGGUGGACGACCGACUGCCCACCAGAGAUGGGAAGCUCCUAUUUGUCCACUCAGCAGAGGGAACGGAGUUCUGGAGCGCUCUGUUGGAGAAGGCCUACGCCAAAGUAAACAGUUCGUAUGAGGCUCUGACUGGUGGUUCGUCCAUUGAAGGUUUUGAGGAUUUCACGGGAGGAAUUGCUGAGAGCUAUGACCUGAAGGAGGCUCCGCCCACCGUGUUUAACAUCAUGAAGAAGGCUCUGAAGCUCGGCUCACUGCUCGGCUGCUCCAUUGAUAUUACCAGCUCAUAUGAGACUGAGGCCAUCACCAGUCAGAAGCUGGUCAAAGGUCACGCCUACUCCAUCACUGCAGCAGCACAGGUCCAUCACCACAGGUCUGUGGUUGAUCUGCUGAGGAUCAGGAACCCCUGGGGUCAGGUGGAGUGGACCGGAGCCUGGAGCGACAGUUCCAGAGAGUGGGACGGAGUUCUGCCAGAGGAGAAGAGGAUGCUGGACCACUCAGCAGAAGAUGGAGAGUUCUGGAUGUCCUACACUGACUUCCUGCAUCAGUUUUCCCGCCUUGACAUUUGCAACCUGACACCUGACACGCUGACCAGCGAUGAGGUCGGACACUGGAACUACAGUGAGUUUGAAGGCACGUGGAGGGUUGGUUCAACUGCUGGAGGCUGCAGGAACUACACAGCCACUUUCUGCUCCAACCCUCAGUUCUUCAUUCGGCUUCUGGAUGUGGAUGAUGACCCUCAUGAUGGCGAGGAUGGCUGCACCGUGUUGAUUGGCCUAAUGCAGAAAGAUGCUCGCAAGGAGAGACGCUUUGGACGCGACCUCAACACAAUUGGCUUCUCCAUCUAUCAGGUUCCUCAGGAGUAUGCCGGGCGGUCCAACGUCCAUCUGGGUCCAGACGUCCUCCUGAGGACAACAUCUGUUGCUCGAAGUCCAACCUUCAUUAACCUGAGGGAGGUAUGUGGUCGCUUCAAACUCCCUCCUGGAGAAUACGUCAUCAUCCCGUCCACCUUUGAACCACACCGCAAAGGAAGCUUCAUCCUCAGGGUGUUCACCGAGAAGGAGGCCCACAGCAGGCCAAUGGAGGAGGACGUGGACGCUGACAUCCAUGAGCCUGACGUAAUAGAAAGUGACGUGGAUCCUCACUUCAAACGUCUCUUCAUGCAGAUCUCCGGAAACGACUCUGAGAUCUCAGCCUUCGAACUUCAGCAGAUUUUGGACAAAGUGGUUUCACAGAGAUCUGAUGUGAAAACUGACGGCUUCAGUCUUCAGACAUGUCGUAACAUCAUCAGCCUCUUGGAUGUGGAUGGCAGUGCCAAACUGGGUCUGGUGGAGUUCCAUGGUCUGUGGAUGAAGAUCCAGAGAUACCUGAAAAUCUUUAAGCAUCAUGACUCCGAUGGUUCUGGGACAAUGAGCAGUCAUGAGCUGCGAGCAGCGGUGGCUGAAGCUGGGUUCCAGGUGAACAGCUCCGUCAUCCAGGAGAUCAUCUCUCGAUACACAGACUCUUCCUUUGCCAUUGACUUUGACUCUUUUGUCGGUUGUUUGAUUCGACUGGAGAUGCUCUUCAAGAUGUUCCGGACUCUGGACCUGAAGCAGACAGGGAAGAUCCAGCUGGACCUGCAGCAGUGGCUUUGCCUUGCCAUCAACUGACGCUGUUCCUGGUGCAUCAUGGGAGCUCACUGCCUGUUGAAAAAAA